AUGUGUGCGUAUGGCUGCGUCCAUACGCUGUUAUCUAUACUGAAUACAGACAGUGCGCUAACGACCGUCGGUGGUUUUACUCGCUCCUUUCCCAUAUUUAUCAGUGGCGACUCGCGUGCGCAAUCUACCCGCCCUACAGAGGAAAAAAUCAUGUCGAGUGCAAAUAUUGGGAUUUUGACCAUUUUUGAUCACUCUUGCCAAAAUUGGAAGAGUUAUAAAGGCAGGAUUCUACAAUUUUUUUUGGCCAAUGAUUUGGACGGGACCUCAGAUGCUACGGGAAAGAAGAGGAAGGCCAUUCUUUUGAGCGCACUCAGCGAAGGCACAUAUAAAUUAAUUGAGGAUUUAGCGUUGCCGAAACAACUGGAAAGCGUGCCAUACGAGGAUAUUUUGACACUUUUGGACGGACAUUUUACGCCGACACGGGUGGGCUUCGGCGAGCGUCAUAAGUUCUACUCCGCCUCGCAGCAGGUAGGCGAGUCUCACACGCAAUGGGCGGCGAGGCUCCGUGGCCUUACUGCACACUGUGAGAUGGCGAACGUGGAAGAGGCGCUGCGUGAUCGUUUCCUGAUGGGCAUGUUGCCAGGCCGAGAGAAGGAAAAGCUUUAUGCUCAGAACUUAAAGGAGUUGACGCUGGUUAAAGCGGUCCAGUUGGCAGAAACCAUUCGGUGUGCUAGCGUUGGGGCUACCGCGUCGAGCUCUGAGGCCGGCGCCGAUCAGCUGCUGAAGAUAACGAAAACCCCGAAGAAAAACGAAGGUGUCGCGAAGGUUCCGUGCACGAUUUGCGGUUACACAAAUCAUAAGCCUGCGGAGUGUCGGUUUACAAAUUACGUGUGCAAAAAGUGUAAUGUGAAGGGACAUUUGCGUAGAAUGUGCAAAGUGAAGUACGUCAAUUUGGCACCAGAGGAUGAGGGCGAUGAUGACGACGUGUUUGCAGAAUAACAAGUUAAAUAGGAAGAACAACGAAACCUUUACAACAGGUGAAUACGUUCUAUACAAAAAAUAUACAAAUAAAAACAAGUUCACUUGGUCUAAAGGUGUUGUUGAAAAAAGACUAGGCAAAGUGUUAUAUUUAAUAAAAGACAUUACUUCUUCAGUGUUUAUUAAAAAACAUAAAAACCAAAUGCUUAAGUACAAAGGCAAUCAAAAUAACUGGGACUAUUGUGACGCAUUGGAUUAUGACUUACCUGGAACAUCCUUAACCUCUGCACUUGCGCCGCCGCCGCCGCCGCCGCCGCCGCCGCCGCCGCCGCCGUCGCCGCCGCCAUCGCCGCGCUCGCCGCCAUCGCAACCGUUGCCACCGCUUACGCCGGAUACGCCGCCGCCGGCGUCACUCACGUCGCCGCAGCCGUCACGGGCAGUGCCCCCGCCGCCACAAAUUCGGUCGCCACCGCCACAGCAAUCGCCGCCUCCGCCGUUAUUCACAGGGCCGGGUCCAUCGCUCACGCAGACUUUGAUCCCAUUAUCGGCCGCCCCCGGAGAGGGAGAAAGUGAGGCAAAGAGUGGGGAGAGGAACGAGGGGUUAGCCCCAGAUGAUGAGGAUGAAUUCCACGAGGCGGAAGCAGAAGGCCAGAGACCAGACUUGCAAGACGUGGCAAGUAAUGCGCCGAUAGUUCCCAAAAAAAUAUUACGCAAGCGUACUAACAUUAGUUAUAAGAAAUACUUUUAAGAAUUGUUUAGAUUAGUUAUGUAACUUAGAGGGGAGGAAGUGUUGCAUAUGUGUGCGUAUGGCUGCGUCCAUACGCUGUUAUCUAUACUGAAUACAGACAGUGCGCU